AAGUCUUCUGCCACCAAAUAGCGAUAGCAUUCUAGGCACCCUCUACCAUUAAUCUCAAUCUCAAUCUCAGGGAGGGAGAGAAACAGAGCAGCUAGCGAUGCGGCCAAGACAUGGAGGUUUGGCGUUGGUUUGGCCUUGUGGUUGCUUGAGCGGCCUUGUGCUGCUGCUCUUCGCGCUGUCUGCUCGAGCUCAGCGGCAAGCAGAGACGGAUCCAUCCGAAGUGGCCGCGCUCAACGCCAUCUUCCGGCGGUGGGGCCUGCGCGCGCCGCUGUCGCCGCCCUUGUGGAACAUCAGUGGCGAGCUCUGCAGCGGCGCCGCCGUCGAUGACACCGAGUUGGAUACCGCCGUCGACUUCAAUCCGGGCAUCAAGUGCGACUGCUCCUACAACGUCAGCACCGUCUGCCACAUCACAAGACUGAAAGUGAAUUUAGUGCAAAAUUACUUAACUGGAUCUUUACCAGCAUUCAUUGGAAAGCUGACUCGGUUGAAGUACCUAGCUCUGGGAAUCAAUGCAUUAACUGGAGUUGUACCUAGGGAGCUCGGUAACCUCAAGAAUCUCAUAGCACUGGGCAUCAGCACCAACAAGUUCGUCGGCCCACUUCCUGAAGUAGUAGAAAACUUGACCCAACUUGAGCAACUGUAUAUUGAUAGUUGUGGUUUAAGUGGAGAGCUACCACCUAACUUUUCAAAACUUAAGAACCUGAAAAUACUAUGGGCAUCAGAUAACGAGUUUACUGGGAAGAUACCUGAUUACAUUGGAACUUUAUCAAAUUUGAUAGAACUGAGACUCCAAGGAAAUUACUUUGAUGGUCCCAUUCCUGCAAGUUUUUCUAAUCUACUCAAGUUAACAAGUUUAGUCCUGAGAAACUCCAGGAUAUCUGACAACCUUACUUCAGUGGACUUCUCGAAAUUUGCACAACUUAAUUAUCUGAACUUAAGUUUUAACAGCAUCACAGGCGAAGUUUCUUCAAUUCUUCUGAACCUGAGUUCUCUCACAUUUCUGUUCAUCGAGACCAGUUUUCUUGGGAGCAAUAACCUCUCUGGGAGCCUACCGGAUACAAAAAGCCCUUCACUUCGUACCAUAGACCUUUCAUACAAUAUGCUCUCUGGAAGAUUUCCAUCGUGGGUGAACACAAACAAUUCAAAAGUGAAUUUGGUGUGGAACAACUUCAUAAUAGAUAGCUCCAACAGCAGUAUUUUGCCUCCAGGACUAAAUUGCCUUCAGCGUGAUACUCCAUGUCUUAGUGGCUCUCCAUCUUAUUCCUCCUUCGCGGUAGACUCUGGUGGUGAGACACCCAUCAGAGCCGCAGACAACUCCAUUUACGAUCCUGAUGAUGCCAGUCUUCAGGGUGCAUCAUACUACGUUAUGAACUCAUCUAGAUGGGGUGUUAGCAACACUGGGAAAUUCAUUGAUACCAAUGAUGCGACUUACAUAAUAGACACUUCGAACCGGUUUACCAACACACUUGAUUCUGAACUAUUUCAGACAGCUAGAAUGUCACCCUCUUCAUUGAGAUACUACGGCAUUGGGCUUAAGAAUGGCAAUUACAAUGUUUUACUUCAAUUUUCUGAGAUCUUUUUCCCAGAUGAUCAGACAUGGAGAAGUGUGGGGAAGAGGAUUUUCAAUAUAUACAUUCAGGGAGAACUUAAAGAAAAGGAUUUUGAUAUAAAGAAACAAGCAAAUGGAAAAUCUUACACUGUUGUUCCGAAGUUAUAUAUUGUUCAAAUUACGAAUAAUUUCAUUGAGAUUCGUCUCUUUUGGGCUGGAAAGGGCACCUGUUGUGUUCCUAAGCAGGGGCACUACGGGCCAGCUAUCUCAGCAUUAAGUGUAUCUUCUUAUGGUAGCAAUAAUGAAGGGGAUCCUGGUCCACAGAAAAACAGCACAGCCAGUAAAACAGGUUUGGUUGUUGGAGUUGGAGUUUGUGUUGCAGUUUUAGGCCUUCUGGCACUCGUGGGGACUUUUGCCUGGAGACAGAAAAGGAGGAGGUUAGAGGUGGAAAUGGAAGAGCUGUUCAGUAUAGUUGGGCGGCCUAACGUCUUCAGUUAUGGUGAAAUAAAAUCAGCUACCGGAAAUUUUAGUCCUAGUAACAUUCUCGGAAAAGGGGGAUAUGGACUUGUUUACAUGGGUGAGCUACAUGAUGGGAGAAUGGUAGCUGUAAAACAGCUGUCUCCUACAUCUCAUCAAGGGAAAAAGGAGUUCAUGACAGAAAUUGCCACCAUAUCUGCAGUUCAGCACCGAAACCUUGUGAAGUUGCACGGUUGUUGCAUUGGCAGUAAGGCACCACUUUUGGUGUACGAGUACCUGGAAAAUGGGAGCCUCGAUCGAGCAAUCUUCGGCAAGACGGAACUGAACCUCGACUGGAGAACACGUUUUGAGAUAUGUGUAGGCAUUGCAAGGGGUCUAGCAUAUCUCCAUGAGGAGUCCAGCAUGCGUAUAGUGCACAGGGACAUCAAAGCCAGCAAUGUGUUGUUGGAUGCUGAUCUCAACCCUAAGAUCUCUGACUUCGGGCUGGCUAGGCAUUACAAGGACAGCAUGACUCAUGUUAGCACAGGAGUUGCUGGCACACUUGGUUAUCUCGCGCCUGAGUAUGCCAUGAUGGGCCACCUGACAGAAAAGGCUGAUGUUUUCGCAUUUGGCAUCGUGGUGUUGGAGAUCAUUGCUGGACGGCUGAAUUUCGAUGACAGUCUUGAGGAAGAUGAGAAAUAUCUUCUUGGAUGGGUCUGGCGUCUACACGAGAGCAAACAGACACUUGAACUGCUAGAUGCUAGACUUGCAGAAUUUGAUGAGCAAGAGGCAGCGCGAGUUAUCAAUGUUGCUCUUCUUUGCACGAUGGGCAUGCCACAGCAACGCCCGCAGAUGUCGAAGGUCGUGUCCAUGCUCACAGAAGAUAUCGAGAUGACCGACGUGGAUACAGCUAUGAGGCCUAGAUACGUCCCUGAUUGGCAGCUCAAGAUCUCGAGCACUGGCUACUCUUCUUCCGGGUAUUCAGUUCAACAGUCUUCAGGAAGCCGAGUCAGUGCACCUUCGAGCUCAAGCAACAAGCCCGGGCUCCACAGGGACACCUCCCCGCUGGCUCUGUCGGCUUGUUCUAGCGGUGAGAUCGGUGGGGCGAGGUGAAUGCUUGUGCCCUGCUGAUUCUGGUUUGAGAUCACAACCCGGAUCCUGUACUUCUGAACAUCGUUCCUCAUUUCGUUGUGAUAACUGGAAUGGAUGUACUCAUAUUUUAUUAAUUUUUCUGCUCAGUUGAAAAAGACUGGUGUGUUUUUCUUUCA